AUGCAUAUGCGAGUGCUUGCUAAAAAUUUGCAUGCACAGCUACAUCCCGUACUCUUCGAUCUCCCUAAUCAUGGGAGUUCUCCUUGGGUUUCUCCUGGAGACUUUAUUGGCACACAGAGCAUAGUAGAGGCAAGCAUAGACGCAGAAUGUAGUGCUAUGGGCUUAGCAAGGGAUAGUAAAAUACAUCUCGUAGGGCAUUCUUUAGGGGGAAAGUAUGCUAUGAUAUACGCCCUGCAAAACCCACAGCGAGUAGCAACUCUUGUGGUCCUGGAUAUAGCACCUAUGACUUACCCAGCAAUCAAUACACGUUAUUUUGAUGCCUACCGAAACGCAUUUGCACAGCAUCCGCAUAACAGAAAGGAAUAUGUAGAGCACCUUCAUCAAAAUGUACAGCAGAAGGAAAUUGCAUUUACUUUGUCUAAAAAUGUCUACCAAGAUGAGAAGGGGGAUAUUCGUUUAUACUGUAACUUAGACGAAAUCGAAAAACAGCAUGAUGCGCUGCGCUCAUUUCCCUCUGCUUACGACGUAAAACGCUACGAUGGUCCGACGCUGUUUGUUCGUGCAGAGCAUACAGAGUAUUUUCCAGAUAACGCAGAGCAGUAUAUACAGCGUUAUUUUACCCAGUACUCCAUAGCACAGAUCGAAGGGUCAACGCAUUUUCUACAUAUUGAUAGUGUACAGUUGGUGUCUCAGCAGCUGAAUGCACUGUAUACACAAUACAUAGCACGUAAAGAGGAAUAA